UUCCCUCCCAUUGGCAUCAUUUAUCACAUUGGAUUUUCAAAAUGACCACAGAUUUGUUAUUUCCCAAAAUUGCUGAUUGUUCAUAUGUUUCGUGCUAUUGCGAAGAGAACGUUUGGAAGCUUUGUGAACAAGUAAAGAAAACACGUAUCGAUGAACUCUCGAAAUGCUAUGCCGUGUUUGUAUCAAAUGAGGGUCGCACUGUACCGCUGUGGCGCCAGAAAGCAGGACGUGGCGAUGACCAAGUUGUGAUAUGGGACUAUCAUGUUUUCUUCAUGCACAAUCCCAGUCCGAAUAGAUGUUUGGUAUUCGAUUUAGAUACAACGCUACCAUUUCCCACAUAUUUUCACAAAUAUGUGACAGAAACGUUUCGUUCCGAUUUAGCUUUAAGACCAGAACAUCACAGAUUCUUUCGUGUAAUACCUGCUGAAACAUAUCUUGCGGAAUUCUCCUCGGAUCGUAGGCAUAUGAGAAGGCCAGAUGGUAGCUGGAUAAAGCCACCACCCUCAUAUCCGCCCAUACAAUCGUGCAGCAAUGCCCACACCCUUGGCGAUUUCAUAUGCAUGAGUCCUGGCAAAGGUCCUGGUACGGUUUACAGCCUAUCUGAGUUUGUGCAAAACUUUUAUAAAUCACCCAAUGCUGUGGCCCAGCAAAACAACAAAUAAUAUCAUCCAUCAUCGGCUAUGUUUAAUGGGUAAUUAAUUAAUUAAUUAUUU